AUCCAUCAAAAAUGGCAGCAAAGCGGCCUCCAGCCUCGACUCUGAAGUGGUGUCAACAGGAAAUGGGACCAAUUUGUGAAGGAAUCGGGAUGGUCGUGAGAAGUCAAAUUGGGUAUGAUGGACGGAGAAUUGAGAAACAGAUAAGACGAAAAGCAUUGCAGACGGUUGUUAUGGGAGGACAAGAUGUUGACCCAUUGAAGGAACCAAACAAAACCAAUGCUCCACUGCUUUCCCCAACUCUUCCUUCAACAAACGAAGCUCUGCAAAGAGCAAGAGUGGUUGCUGCUGGAAUUGAAACAUUCGCCAAACUGAUGUCUCAAGGCACUUAUCCUGGAUCAGCUGGCUUCACUGUUUCGGAAACAGGCGAGAGAAAAUAUAUGAAACAAACGUCUCCAGUUCAAUCGAAUAUCGUUGCGAAUCUAAUGGCAACUGCUGACAAAUUGAGCAAAGGAGUUAUUUCUCUGGCACCAUUUCCCCUUCCUACAAUCACUAAGCUAGGAACAUGGGUGAUUGCAAAUCCCACAGCACAACUGCCGAUUCCACCACAGCUCAAAUCUGCUAUCCCAGCAAUAGGACAGAUUGAAACUUUGAUUCAGUCUAUUUUGGGAGUUCAAGGACCAGUCAGUUCUGUUUCUAGAGCUCCACGAAAGUUAAAGUUAGAAGGUGUAACUGAUCAAGUUGUGUUGGAACCUGAAACAAUACACGCAACUGUCGAUGUUGAACCAAUUGACAAAACAUUAACAAAAGAAGAAGCAGAAUUUCUCAUCAAAGCAGCAAGAUCUGUUGAUGACGACAACGCUGAGACAGCAAUCUUUGGAACUCAGAAGGCAAAACCAAAAGUCUACCGACCAGAGCUUCCAAAAAACUUUGAAGUUAAUCUAGAAAUGGGAAAUGUACAUACAUUGACACGAAGUAAUGAGAGCUCAGUGCCAGCAACUCGUAUCGGAAGACUUGCUACUUUUGGUCAAUUAGCAUUCGGUCUUCUAGGUGGAGCAACAGCAGAAGUCACUAGAAGAACAUUUGGAAUUGGAAAGAGGUUACAAGAAGAAGGAAUUCCAAAGAAUCCAUUCCUUUCAGAAGCCAAUGCUGAUCGUAUUGUUGCCACAUUGUGCAGGGUUCGUGGAGCUGCUCUUAAACUAGGACAAAUGCUCUCAAUUCAAGACUCAUCUACAGUACCCCCAGCACUUCUUCAAAUCUUCGAACGAGUUCGUCAAUCAGCUGAUUUUAUGCCAAUUAAGCAGGUUCAUCGUCAAAUGAAAGACGCUUUUGGUGAUGAUUGGAGAGAGAAAUUCGAACAUUUUGAUGACAAACCAUUUGCAUGUGCUUCAAUUGGUCAAGUACACAAAGCAGUCUUGAAAGAUGGGCGAAAUGUUGCUGUAAAAGUACAGUAUCCCGGAGUAGCUGAAGGAAUUGAUUCGGAUAUCGAUAAUCUUGUGUCUGUGCUCUCGGUUGGAGGUAUUUUCCCGAAAGGAAUGUUUCUUGAUGCUUUUGUUGGAGUUGCAAGACGAGAAUUGAAACAAGAAUGUGAUUAUGAGAGAGAAGCUCGAGCAAUGAAAAAGUUUCGUGAAUUAAUUGCGGAUUGGCAGGAUGUAUAUGUUCCUGAAGUUAUAGAUGAAUUAUCAUCUUCAAGAGUUCUCACAACAGAAUUAGUUUACGGAAAGCCAGUUGAUGCAUGUGUAGAAGAACCACAAGUUGUUAGAGAUUACAUUGCUGGAAAGUUUAUUGAACUUUGUCUUAAAGAGAUUUUCCUGUGGCGAUUCAUGCAAACCGAUCCUAAUUGGUCCAACUUUUUCCUCGGGAAACAUCCGAAAACCGGCGAGCCUCGUCUUGUACUUCUCGAUUUUGGAGCAUCUAGAGCAUACGGAAAGAAGUUUGUUGAUAUCUACAUGAAUAUCAUCAAAUCGGCUUAUGAUGGUGAUAAGAAAAAAAUUAUUGAAUAUUCUCGUGAAAUCGGUUUUCUAACUGGAUAUGAAACAUCAGUAAUGGAAGAUGCCCACGUUGAAUCUGUAAUGAUUAUGGGUGAAACUCUUGCAAGUAAUCAUCCAUAUAACUUUGCUAAUCAGGAUGUGACAAUGAGAAUUCAAAAGUUAAUACCAGUAAUGUUGGAGCAUAGACUAACGUCCCCACCAGAAGAAAUCUAUUCACUUCAUCGAAAGUUAUCCGGUUGCUACCUUCUUGCCGCAAAACUCAAAGCUACCGUAUCCUGUGGAGGUCUUUUCCAUGAAAUUCAUGAAAAUUAUGUGUUUGGAGAGGAUGGCAUAGAUAUUAAUAUUGAUUGAUUGUUUAGUUGUUAUUUAGGCAUUUCUUUAUUGUUUUCAAACGGUAGUCUUCUUAUAGAAUGGGUGCUAAUACAGAGUUUUUAUUU